UUACUUUCGCGCUUUUAACUUCCAUUUACUUCAGUUGAGUCGGUUGUAGAUCUUAGGACAACUCAGAAGUCUAAUGUUGCGUUGGGGAAAAUAAUUUCGUGGAAAAGUAAUGAUUUUGUAAAUCGCACUGUAAUCGUCAACAUUACUUCUGCCCCUCAAUCAGAUUGAAAGGAAUAGGUGUCAAAGCUUGUUCCUGCUAUUUUAUUACAUUUUGAUUAAAAAACCCAUCUGGGAAUUCAAAUUCAAAUACAUAAUGGCCCCUACCAAGCCAUCAGGCAUCACUCAAAUGGUCACCAGGAUGAGGGCUGCUGCAAACCCAUCAAAGGCUACUGUAAAUUCACUUAAGGCUGUAACUGAGAAUAACAGCCUGGUCAACAAGAACAAGAGGAAAGCUGAUACUGCUCUUACAUCAGAUAACAAAAAGCGGUCAGCUUUAGGAGAUUUGACUAAUGCUUCUAGUAAGCUUCAGGAUGCAAAGAAGGCCACCAAAGGAAAAGUCUCAUCUACUACUACUAACAUUAAUCUUGCUAGACCUCAAUUGGCACGCCCUUCCACUAAAGCACUUACCUUGAACUUAGUCAAAGAGGAAGUUAAAGUACCUGAACAGACUGAUUCUGAGGCAACUAUCUACUUCUCUCCUGAAAAUGCCAAGCCAAAGAGGGCCCUUCCUGCCAAUGUAGAAGAUUUUGACAGUGAAUGCGGUACAGAUCCUUUCCAGACACCUCAGUACGCCCACGACAUCUUCCUUUAUUUCAAACAACGCGAGCUGAAGUUUAUUCCACAGCGUUAUAUGGACCAGCAAACCGAGCUUACUUGCGAUAUGCGAGCAGUUUUGGUGGACUGGUUGGUUGAAGUGCAAGAAAGUUUUGAACUCAAUCACGAAACUCUUUAUUCUGCUGUGCGACUCGUUGAUCUCUACCUGUCUCGCACUACCGUCAGUAAGGAGAAUCUCCAAUUAGUUGGCACGACAGCCAUGCUGAUCAGUUCAAAGUUUGAAGAGCGUUGCCCGCCAUGUGUCGACGACUUCCUCUACAUUUGUGAUGAUGCCUACACUCGGAGAGAUCUCAUCAAAAUGGAGAUGAGCAUUCUCAAAGCAGUCGACUUCGAUAUUGGUCUGCCAUUGUCUUACAGCUUUCUCCGCCGCUAUGCCAGAGUGAGCAAAGCCAGUAUGGAGACUUUGACAUUAGCCCGCUUCAUCCUCGAGACAUCGCUGAUGGAGUACGACUUGGUGACUGUCAAGGAUUCCCUUAUGGCUGCUGCCGCUCUCAUGAUGGCCUUCCAGAUGCAGAACUCUGGCGAUUGGACGCCAACGCUCGAGUACUACAGCAGCUUUACCAAAGCCGAACUGCGCGAAACUACCCAGCGCCUACACGCCAUGCUGGUCAAGUUGCAGUCGAAAAACCUCAAAACCAUUCGCAACAAGUACUCGCAUAAAGUCUUUUAUGAAGUUGCCAAAAUUGCCCUUCCUGCGAAACUGGAAUUUUAAAAUUGACUUGCUCAUAAGAUACUGCCAUCGCGCGACCCUUGGAUUUCCUUGAUUUUUUUCGAUUUGGCGUCAUUGUUAUUUCCUGAAAUUUAUUG